AUGGUUUACAAGACAGUAACGGCAACAUGCCCUGAACUGGAACUGAAGAUGAUAGAAAAAGGAGCUUUCCGACUCGCAUCAAAGCUCUGUCACAACGGCCAUUUACGCUGCACGGUUCGGGAAUCUGGACUUGUCUUUCUAUCAUCACUUAUUCAGAGGGCAGUUCGGUGUAGAUAUGCCAAAAUAGAUUUCAUAAAUGCAGAUAUCCAUCAAUCUAUUCUAAUUGGUUCGGAUACGAUUUUGAGAUUAGACUCCAAGAUGAACGAAAGGAAUCCAGUCC